GGGAAUCCAUAUGGGAAGGAGCAGCCUGCGGCUCCGCUGCAGUGAGAAACAUAGCCCGAUGAAGAGAAAGGAAAGCCUAAUUUUUGCUCAGAGAUGAAAAGCUCUUUAUUCAAACACUGAGCUGUGGGAAUUCACUCUGUGCCGGCAUGUAUUUUGGUAAUAUCUACCACGGUCCCCUGCCACCUCUGGCUCAUCACACGCUGGGCAGAACCCAGCCCUCCCCAGAUCCCAAGGCUCUUUUCCCCCUCCAUCUGCUGCCUGGAUUCGCCAAUCAGAUGGAUCAACCUAGCUUUGGGUUAACAUCUCCCCUGAAGAGGAAGCCCAGCUCCUGUGGUGUUUGUCGAGUGAGAUUCACCCCUGAGGCUGAAGCAUCCUUUAACUACAGUGGCACAAGGCAUGAGAAAAAUCUCAAAGCCGUGGACUCCUCAGAUUCAAAGAUCAAGACCUCUGAACUAGUCGUCAAGGAAACCACAUCGCAAAUCUUCUCGUCAUCCUGCUUGCAGCCCUCUGGCUCUGACACGACAUCAGAAGAGCCCUCAGCCCCAAACUCCUCUUCAGACACAUCGUUGAGUACUGGCCUCCCUGAGACAUCGAAAGAGCCCACCAACCACUCCCUGCCAGCCAGUCCGAGGACAGCUGAGAAAGAUGGAGAAGCAGAGACUCCAGAUAGAGAGACGGAGGAGGAGAAAGCAAAACGCCUUCUCUACUGCUCCCUCUGCAAGGUGGCUGUGAAUUCUGCCUCUCAGCUACAGGCUCACAAUAGCGGUACCAAGCAUAAAACCAUGCUGGAGGCUAGAAGCGGUGAUGGAGCCAUUAAGUCAUUUCCCAGGAUAGGGGUCAAAGCUAAGAUGGUUGCUCCAUCUGAGCCACCAACUGGACUGCAGAACAAAACAUUUCAUUGUGAGAUAUGCGAUGUGCAUGUGAACUCUGAGACUCAGCUCAAACAGCAUAUCAGCAGCAGAAGACACAAGGAUAGAGCAGCAGGUAAACCAGCCAAGCCGAAGUUCAGCCCCUACACUCCCACCCAGAGGCUUCAAAGUCUCCAGGCUAUAAGACUUACUCUGCGAAAGAACCAAGACUUGAGCAAACCUAUGGCCUCCUUCCUUCUUCAUCGUCAACUGUCCAUCGCUGCUGCUUCCAUUCCGCCGUUGUCGACCUUUCCUCUCCAGAGUGCCACACACUCAGGCCCCGCCCUGCUUCAUGGUCAGCCCCUCCCACAGACUAUGUUUCAUCCAGCCUCUGGAGCCAUCUGUUCUCCACACACAUCGAUUCUGUUUUCCCCCUUCUGACUCCAUCAAGACCCAGAUCUGGAAAAUGAUCUGACCUAAGACAUUACUUCCUAUUCCCAACAAAUCAGCAGACUGUCAUGGAUCGCAAAGCUGAGUGAUUGAAGGCACUGGGGUCAUAAGAUAUGUUGCACAGUGUUGACAUAAAAAAAGAAAAAUGGUGAAAAAAAGGUAAAUCUAGAGACUCUAAGUUUGUUCAGGUGCUAUGUAGCUGUCAUAAGUCUGCAGCUGGUGGAACAAAACACAUCAAGGCUAUUAUGGGAUAUAAAAUCCCUUACAGGUAUGUACAAAUGCUGAGCAUUUUAGUUUAAUUCAUGUCAUUAUUCCAUUCAAAUUCUUUUUUUUUUUAUCAUAUACAUUUAAGCUUAAAAAGAGGAAAUAUUUCUGCAUGGUUACAGGUUACUCUUUGGUAAGCAUAUCAGCUAUUUAAAACUAGCAGUUUUUUGUAUGAUCUGAAAAAAAAAAAAUUCUGAAAUGACUCACUCAUUCUAACCUUCAAAUGUUGUUGUUCAAUUAAAGAUGUUUUUUGAAAAACAAAAACAAAACAAAAACUUCAAGUUUGUUUUAAUUUUCUGCUUUUAAUCCAAGCAAGUCAAGGCACUAAAACGCUAAUUAAAGCCUGUUUUCCACUAUUACCUACUUGGCUCCAUUCAAUUGCAUUCAGUCUUUUUGGACUUUCCAUUAUAUACUUAUUAGUUACCAGCUCCUUUAAAGUAUCAGAAAUGUGAAGUCAGAUGACUUCUGGUCAUUGAUGGUUUAGGAGUAUGAAUCAUUGGCUGAGUCAUGAGCGCGAUCCCAUUACAAACAUAAAUUCCUCUAUUUCAAAAUCACAACAGUGGCAAAGCAUUUUCUGAGCCUGAAGAAAAAAUUUAAAGAGAAAUAUUGUUCAGUGACAAGGUGCAGCAGUUUGUUUCUCUUAGCCAAAGAGAAUAUUAAUAAUGUAAAUGAUAGUUUAAGUCCCGUCACUUUUUAUAAGAGAUGUCAAUAAUACUCACAUUCUUUACGUAGAUGAAAUAACAGAUAUUUGUGUAAAAAAAAAAA